CCAAAGACUUUCACUGACCUAGUUGACCUACCUAACAAUUUUUAUUGAAUUACACUCUAUGAUUAUUAUAAAUAUUUUUUAAUUAAUAAAUAUAUAACACUACUUUUGUAUAUCACUCCAAAGACACAGCUAGCACCUGUCAGUCACUUCAGUGUGGAAAGCUGCCAUGCGGAAAUGUGAUGGGCCAGAGAGUGCUGUCUUAUAAUCAGUCACCCAAACUCCUGCCCUGGGGCUAAAAGUCAAAGGAUCGCUGAGACCUGAUGUAAUACUUGUGUGAUUCUCCCCUUUGAAACUUCAAACUCCAGUUUGUGAACAAAGUCCUGUCUAACUUCUGAAUAGGAAUCUCCGACCACUGACCAAACUCCAUUUGCAACCACUGCCUAUUUGUACCUUCUCCUCAAUGACUACAUUUCAUUCUCCCAAGCCUGAUCUUAAAGGCACACAGCAGGGCAGCAACCUGAUAGAAAUGAAAGCCAAGAAGCCAGAAGCUGGGAGAAAAGACCAACCAGGUGGCCCGGAAGAGUGAAUAAUGGUUUUUGGAAUAUACAACUACACGUCGGUGGAGCUAUUUUGUUUUGCGUCUUAAAGAGACGGCCACGCGGCGGAGGAUACGUGACUGUUGGAGAGACACAUCCAGGAGUGUGUUGAUGUUGAUAAGAAUAAAAGACAGGAGACAAUCUGCUGGCUGCAGCAGGAAAAAAAAUCUGCUUCUGUUCUCCUCUCCUGCAGUAGAUGGAGGAGAUAGGUACUUUGUCAAAUUGUCCUGGGGAUGGACCUUACUGCUGCUGACACCCUUCCUGCUCCUUUCCAACUCCUGCUUCAGCAGGACCUUCCUCUGCCGGCGGCUCCUGUCCUUGGUGGUGGCCACAGCUAUUUGGUACGUCUUCACCGAGACAUUCUUCUACAUCGAGGACAUCAGCGGUGUCUGUUUUGAACCUUCGUCCGCAGACAUUACAAAGACGGAGUUCACCUCCAAAGUCACCUGCAGGCGCGCCGGCUUCCACUGGGACGGCUACGACAUCUCGGGACAUUCCUUCAUCCUGUGCUACUCUGCUCUUUUCAUCAUGGAGGAAACAGCUCCCAUGGCGUCCAUGAAGACCACCAGUCUGUCAGCGCUGCCCAGGAUGGUUCUCAACCUGCUCUACGUGGCCCUCAAUCUGAUCAUUAUCAUGUGGGUGUGGAUGUUUACCUGUACCUCUGUUUACUUUCAUGAUCAAACCCAAAAGUGGUUAGGGACCAUGUGUGGGCUGCUGCCAUGGUACCUCACAUACCGGGUCUGGUAUCUGAACCCCCUGUCACCUGGACUUCCGCCUCAGCGUCACCUAAAAGAGGAGAAACAACACGCCUAAGUCGCAGUACAACAUUCACUGUUCCUAAAGCCGCAGUAACACACUACAGUUGUUAUCCAUGUCCAGUUAUGAGCUGCUCGCAUGUUAUUUAAAGUUAUUCCCUCAGCACUGAAAGGUCAUUUUGUCCACGAGGUCUGACUCUCAGCUCCUCCACAGUCUUUGGCAGCUGCUGUUCCUAAAAUGACUCCAGGUAAUCUGAGACAAAGCCAAGACGCUGCUCUUUUGUCCACCUUCAACUUUGUCAUUGUCAGCAUCAGUGGCCCACGUGUUCAGCCUUCAUCUGUCGGCCAGCUUGUUGCCUUAUUAGGAUUAAUUAUUAGUCCUAGGAUUUUAUGUUUUAGAGGGAACAGUUGAGAAUGUUUACAACUCCAAUUGUACAACACUGAUGGUGUGGAUAUUUUUUUGCAGACCAAUGUACAGUAUGUGUGAAAGGGGUUUUUAGAAUAAAUCUACACUGAACAAGUAACAGGUAGAUUAGGUUUCAACCUGAUGUGGGAUUUUAGUCAGCUGUCUCAUUUUUAAUCUUGUUCACAACAUUCGCUGGUAAUUUGUUAAGCUAAUUUUUUAGUGUCAUAGACAUCGAUUGUAUUAUUUCCAGAACAUAAACAAUGAUUGUGGUUAUUCUCAAAUCCAACGAGAAUCCUGUUACUGCCAUGAUUUAAAAAAAAAAUGUUAUUUACAUCUACUGAGUGAUUGUUGCCAAAUACAGCAGUUCAAAGUACUAAUAUUGCUUUGCUAUUUUUUGGGGUGAAAGAACAUUAACCUGUUUUAAUUUAAUGUGUGUGCUCUAAAUGAUAUCAGUAUUUUUAGGAAUAAUGUCAGAACCAAGUAACUGUGUGAUAAACCAAUUAUCGUGACUUGAAAACAUGCAGUGUUAGUUGCUUGCUAGCAAAGUGAAAGCUACAUUCUGCGUAUUCCUUUUUUUUUUUAUUUGUUUGUCAUUGAUGGCAACAAAAUAAAGUAAGGCUCAUGAACAUCAUAAAAAGCACCAUAAAUAAAUCAAAUAUAUAGAAAUAUAAAAAAACAAUAAAUAAAUAAAAAAUAGUGAAAUAUAAUGACCACAAAUUACAACUUUUUAGGAUUCUCAAAAUGGAUUCCCAUGUGAUCGUAGAAGCACAGAUUUAAACCUCCAGGUGACGUGACUUCACUCAGAACAAGUGAGAACACAGAAAUGAAAUCCAUCAUGACACGUGACUGGGUGAGAGGAAGAUUGGCUGUUUUGACAUACAGCAAAAUAUGUAAAGAGCUCCACGUGAGAAAGUCAACAAAAACUAGAAUAAUUCACCAAAAUAUCGUGUGUCCUGCAGAUUAUCUGUUGAUUUAAUUUCUCUGGUGGUAUUUAUAUGUCAGUGUCUGUUCUGUGUUUUCAUAAAAACCUGGAAGUACUUGUAGGUUUAGAGGCCAGUUUGAUUCAGGCCAGUUUACAUUUCUAAUCUACAGCAUUUGGCCUUGUUCAAAACUCAACAUGUAAUGUUUUAAUGACAAAAUUGGACUGAGUAAACUACAGCUGUAACUUGUCCCAAUCUUUAUAAAUGAGAUAACAAAUCUGACUGGGAGGGGGGAGAAGGAAUUUAGUCAUAAUCCAGUUGUCGAACUCGGCCUUAAUUGUGUGCAAAUGCAGCCUAAGUGGUGACUGUUAAGACUGUGGUGUUUGGGUCUUAAGAUGCCCACAAUAUCAUUACAAAUACAGUGCAACACCACCCCAGGUUUUACAGGAUGUUUGUGUGUGUUUCACUCUGAACUUUUCUUUGGUAUGUUUUGACGCCAAAGCAGAUCACAAUAAAAAUUCAAAAUGA